GGGGGUGGAUCAUGCCUGGGAUUGCGCUUAUCAGGCCUGGCUUAUCGCAGCUCACGCCAGAGUUGGAUGGACAAUGAGAGGGUCGACAGACAACAACACUCCAAGUAAUUAAAACGUCAAUGCAUCGUUGUCGCCUAUCGAGAACCGCCUCGUCCAGUUGACCAAUUCACUCUUGUCAUUGCCGGGGAGCCUCACAAGGGUCCAGACUCGGCGCCGUCCCAGCCUCGGCCACCUCCGCCGUCGCCCAAUCUCCCCGGACCCGGUCGAGCCCCCCUUUUCCUCCAACCACGGGGCCGGCCAACUCGGCCCGCAUUCUCAGUUCAGGGUCUCCAGCUGAGAUUGCGACUCUUGCCGUUCACCACACCCUUCCUGGAGACUACCGGCUGCCUACACGAUGGCUCCAAGCAGGGCUUCCAAGUCCAGGACCAAGGACAAUGCGGUCGUGGCAGCUCCCGCAGAAGCCUCUGCGGCUGCCGAGGCAGGUGCUAAGGCUGAGGAGGUCGCGAAGCUCGUUGCCCAGCAGGCCAGAGAGACGCUCUAUGUCAUGUUUGCGUGGCGAUGCAUCAAUGCCUUUGCCUGUCGCACAUUCUUCCAGCCCGACGAGUACUACCAGGCCCUCGAGCCAGCGUGGCAAAUGGUGUUUGGGCCAGACAGCGGUGCCUGGCUCACCUGGGAGUGGACAUACGGCUUGCGCUCCUCGCUGCAUCCCGCCAUCUUCGCCAUUGGGUAUGCUCUGGUGGAUAACUCGAUAGGGGACCUUUACUCCGUCAAGGCAAAAUGGCUGGUUGCGGUGCCCAGGGUGAUGCAGGCAGGCUUUGCUGCCCUGGGUGACUGGUACAGCUGGAGGCUGGCCGAGAGGCUCUUCGGACACAGCACAUCGAUUUCGUGGGCAGUGCUUGCCAUGACCAUGCUCAACCCGUGGCAUUUCUACACGGCAACUAGGACGUUUUCAAACUGCCUCGAGGCCACUCUGACUAUUGCCGCGCUCUUCUAUUGGCCCUGGGAGCUUCUCGGUGUCGAGAAGACGGCCGAGGGUGCUUCCAAGGACGCUGAUGCUGCUCCGUUGGCCACCUCGAAGCAAGUCAGCAGUCUACGCCUGUCUUUUUUCCUUGCCGCUCUGGCCAUUCUACUGCGCCCAACUAACGCCCUGAUCUGGUUCGCGGUCGGCACCUUGAUGCUUACGCGUGCCACGCUAGACGGCGAAUCGCCCUUGACACAACGCAACCUCCUCGUCAUUUUCCGUGAAGCCAUCGUUGGCGGUGCGGUCGCGAUCUGGCUUGCUCUCCUGGCGGAUCGUGCGUAUUUUGGCGAGUGGACAUUCACCGCGGUCAACCUGGUACGCUUUAACGUCGCCCAGGACCUGGCCAGCUUCUACGGGCAGAACGACUGGCACUAUUAUCUUUCGCAGGGAAUACCCCUAACAUGUACGACACUUGCGCCUUUCGUACUUACUGGCCUCUGGAAAUCGACCAGUUUCGGUACUGGCGAAAGUGACGUGGCGAUGCCCCUCAAGACCAGGAAUGCUCUCAAGACUCUGAGCUUCGCAGCCCUGACGAACAUUGCCUCGCUGUCCCUCAUCUCACACAAGGAAGUCCGGUUCAUCACGCCGCUCAUGCCCAUCUUCCACGUCAUCGCCGCGCCUUACGUCACCUUCUUCUUCACGAACGCCAAGGCCGCCGCAGCCAUGUGCCCUCCGCCUCGACUACAGUGGCGCCGCACCCCGAUCCUCGCCUUGGGGGUGAUCGCAAACAUUGUCAUUGCGGUGUAUCUGUCCUGGUUCCACGCCGCGGGCCCCAACCUCGUCAUGAGCUACCUCCGCAACGAGUUCGACGAGAUCCACCCGGAGUCGCUAGCGAUCGACAUGGACCGCCGGCUUCCCAACGUCGCCGCGCUCGAGACCAAGGACACAGGGGCGAAGCAGGACGCCGACAACGAGCUCUUUGCGCUGUUCCUGACGCCCUGCCACGCGACACCGUGGCGCUCGCACCUCGUCCACCCGAAGCUGGCCGCGCGGGGGCUGACCUGCGAUCCGCCCGUGCACACGCAGCCCGGAUCGCCCGAGCGCGCGGCGUACCAGGACGAGACCAGCCGGUUCUUUGCGGACCCAGCGGCGUGGCUGGACACUGAGCUGUGGCCCGUCGUCGUCCCUGGUGCUUCCGACACGACUAACACCGCCGCCGCCAAGGCGCCCAUGGCGCGCUACAUUGUUGUCUACGACGGCCUGGAGGAGAUGCUGGUCCGAUACUUUGAACAGAACUGGCAGCGGCUAAACGUGACGGGCAUCCAGAAGGUGUGGACCGCGUGGAACGGGCUGUUCACGGACGACGACCGCAAGGCCGGGAACCUGAAUGUGUGGCGGGUGAGCGGAGUGUACGAGGAGACGGACCGGGCGAGGAAGGAGGCACGGGAGAGGGGCUUCGAGGAGAAGCGGAGGGCGAGGACGGCGCUGCACGCCAAGAACGAGGCGGACAAGGCAAAUAAGGCGAGGGAAGAGGCCGCUGCGGGGGAAGCAGAGGGUGGGAAAUAAGUGAAAUGAUUCCAGCGUGGACCAUGUGGAGGACAGCCGUGUACGAGCUGUUGUAAAACAUGAGGAGCUUGCAAUCUGAAAAGUUUGGUGUUCAAAGAACGCGAAAUACGUGCCCCAGCAUGCAUGCAUGCAUGGUUGGUUGGUUCGCCUGGACUGCCACGGUUUGGGGGACAAGACCUCACGACUAUCGUCAACAUGAUCAUCAUCGUCGUCGUCGUCGUCUCUUCACAUGAGUGCCG